AUGGGGUGCCCCUCGCAUCCUACAGCAUUCGGCGGUCAGUCCUCACGCUCCCGUUUGGACAGCGGUCCUUCGGCCGGGUUCCUUCGCCGAAACCAACCCACUCAAGGCCGGGCACCGUUGAACAACGGAGGCGCUGGAGGCUUUGCCCGCAACCACCCCUACUCCUACAACUCUCACGGUGGCGACCGGACGGGAUCGGUUGCGCAUGCCCCCGCUGGCACAAAGAACCCUAACUUUAACAACAAUCGGCGAGCCAACUCCUUCUCCUCAAGUCGUUCGCGAACGCCUCGCCAGGUUCAAGCCUACCCGCAAAACCAGCCUCAGCAGCAAUCGAUCCAGUCGUUCAAUCAGCAGUUCGACCAGCAACAGCUGCAUGGUCUCAACCUCCCUAACCAAAGUGGGAGACGCUGCGGGGCACGCAACCGCCGGCGCCGCCAAACAACGUCGCCCCAGGCUCAUAGAUUCAACUCCAACCCAAACCAAAGACGAACACAAUCUGAGCCCUGGAACCACGACGUUGAAAUGCUUGACGUAACUCCUAUCGUUGAGCCUGACGAAGAUGUGAUUAUGGAAGACGCCCCUCCACUUGUCUUUUCAAAGUCUGCUCCUGAUCCUCGAUUCCAAGACUUGGCAUUCAGUGCAGCCGCGAUGCAUGAGCUCGCGAACCACAUCCUUCAAAUUGCCCAUCAAGGCAAUGACUAG